CUAUCCUAGCGUUGCGUGUAACGACUAACUACCUGCAGACCAACAAUGCAUUUGGCUUGGUAUCAAUUAAAGACAUCGCCUGAGGACUAUCGCUGUACCACAGUUAAAGUCGCGCUGUACUCUGAGAUAUAUCUACAACAAACGUGCAUGCUAUAGAAUCUCAAAUGGCGGCUUCUGUCGCAAUUUUGUGCUCGUUAUUAUAUUUUAACAAAAUAGCCAUGGCAACUGAUGCAUCGUGUCAACAAGGAGUAAACUGUCACCUACCAGACUGUUUCUGCGGUACGUUUGAAUACCCCAUGGACAGAAAGGACAUCCCGCAAAUGGUGUACUUUGGGUUUGAUGGUGCCGUGAAUGAAGAUGUGGUUAAACACUAUGACUUUAUGUUCAGACGUGCGCGUACCAAUCCCAAUGGCUGUCCAAUAGGGAUUACCUUGUACAUAUCACACAUUAGUACGGAUUACGAAGCAGUCAUCAAGUAUUUCCGGCGUGGAUUCGAGUUAGCUGUACACAGUAUCUAUCACCGAUUCAUUGAUACGGACUCGGGCUUACUACAGGAGGCUAGAGACCAGCGAGACAAUAUCGCCCAGCUUGCCGGCGUACCCCUGGAUCGUAUCGUGGGCUGGAGGAGUCCGAGCCUGCUAACAAGAGGAGAUGCCCAGUUUGAUAUCCUACAACAACUUAAUUACACCUAUGACAUUUCCAUGACGUACAGGCGAGUGAAAAUUGAGCGAUCCCCAAUCCCUUGGCCUUUCACACUAGACUACGGCUGGCCAUUCACAUACACCUCCUGUACCCCGAGCUGUCCCAACAAGAAACACAUAGGGUUUUGGGAAGUACCUGUCAAUGCCAUGCUUUUGAAUGAUUUUCCGUGUGCCUAUGCCGAUGGUUGUUUCAGAAUGCCGUCUAGUGCCGAGGAUGCCUACAGAUACGUCAUAGAAAAUUUCAAAAGUCAUUACCAUGGUAAUCGAGCGCCAUUUGGAAUCAGUAUGCACGCGACCUGGUUUUCCCAUCCCUACACUAGGGAUGGCAUGGAUAAAGCUAUCCGUGAAAUGCUUUCUCAUGGAGAUGUUUAUAUUGUUACUGUUCAACAGAUGUUGGAAUGGAUGAAAAACCCAGUCAAAAUGUCAGAUGUGCACUAUUAUGACGCUUGGAGUUGUAGCAUGAAAGUUAAAAUCGUCCACGGCACAUUGCUGGCAAAGUUAUUGGCUGCCUUUCUCAGUAUCAUUCUAGCUGUGUUUGGAGUUGUCAGUGUUAUUCUUAUCCAUAAACACAAAAAUUCAAAAUACGUACCAAUUGAUGACCUGGAAGUUAGUAAUACUAAUACUACAACACAACAGUGAAUAUUACCUACAACGGUACGACCAAGGUCACGUGACAAUACCCAAUACCAUUUACACCAGCGGCCGAAACAUCGUAAACGCAACAAUAAACUCUCAUUCAUAAUUCUCUAUCAUGUUAUAAUAGUAAUUUAUGUAAUAUUUAACAUCAUUCUAUACGUGACGCUAUCCAAUGUACAAUGUACGGUAACCAACAUGGUACAAUGUACUGUUACCAACAUGGUACAAUGUACGGUAAACAAAAUGGUUCAAUGUCGGUAACCAACAUGGUACAAUGUACGGUAACCAACAUGGUACAAUGUACGGUAACCAACAUGGUACAAUGUACGGUAACCAACAUGGUACAAUGUACGGUAACCAAACUGGUACAAUGUACGGUAACCAAAAUAGUACAAUGUACGGUAACCAACAUGGUACAAUGUACGGUAACCAACAUGGUUCAAUGUACGGUAACCAAACUGGUACAAUGUACGGUAACCAAAAUAGUACAAUGUACGGUAACCAAACUGGUACAAUGUACGGUAACCAACAUGGUACAAUGUACGGUAACCAAAAUGGUACAAUGUACGGUAACCAAAAUAGUAGAAUGUACGGUAACCAACAUGGUACAAUGUACGGUAACCAACAUGGUACAAUGUACGGUAACCAACAUGGUACAAUGUACGGUAACCAACAUGGUACAAUGUACGGUAAACAAAAUGGUACAAUGUACUGUUACCAACAUGGUACAAUGUACGGUAACCAAAAUAGUAGAAUGUACGGU